AUGCAGAAGAUAAAGUCUCUUAUGGCCCGCCAGGGCCUCAAAAGCCCCCAGGAGAGCAUGGCUGAUCUGAGUCCAGUGGAGAACCUGAGGAUCCCGAGCACGGAGGAGAUGCGGGAGCUGAGGCAGCAGCCCAUCGACCCCCAGGCGGAGCAGGAAAUCAUCGACAGCAUCGAAGAGGUCUACUUCUCCAACGACUCCUUCGACAUGGUGCGGCACGAACUGGAGAAGCUCCCACCUGAGCUGAACCUUCAGGAACUGGAAGAGUACAGAGACAAACUCAAGAGACAGCAGGCUGCAGUUUCUAAAAGGGUCGCUGAUCUCAUUCUGGAGAAGCAGCCUUCUUAUGUCAAGGAACUGGAGAGAGUGACAGCAUUACAGGCCAAUCUGCAGCUGGCAGCAGUCAUUUGCACUAAUGCAAGAAGACAACUCAGAGUUUCCAAGGAGGAGUUCACGGAGGCCAGCCUGGGUCUGUUAGCCAAUCAGAGGAGGCGACAGCUGCUGACAGGGCUACUUAAGUCACUGAGGACCAUCAAGACCCUGCAAAGGACAGAUGUAAGACUCAGCGAGAUGCUCGAGGAGGAAGACUAUCCCGGUGCAAUCCAGCUCUGUCUGGAAUGUCAAAAGGCGGCCAGCACCUUCAAACACUAUAGCUGCAUCAGUGAGUUGAACUCUAAACUACAAGACACUCUUGAGCAAAUAGAGGAGCAGCUUGAUGUCGCCCUGUCUAGGACUUGUAAGCACUUUGAUGUGUUGCACUACACCAAGGUCCAGAAGGCGUACACGCUCCUUGGGAAAACCCAGACUGCUAUGGAUCAACUGCACAUGCACUUCACCCAGGCUAUCCACAACACGGUGUUCCAGGUCGUCCUGGGGUAUGUUGAGCUGUGUGCUGGCAACGCGGACACCAAGUUCCAGAAGAUGCAAUAUAAGGACUUGUGCACGCACAUCACUCUCGACAGCUACAUCCCCUGCCUGACAGAUCUCUGCAAGGCUCUUUGGGAGGUGAUGCUGAGCUACCACCGCACCAUGCAGUGGCAUGAAGAACAUGACAAACAGAAGACCGUACCAUCGCAAGACGAUGCAGCAGGAGAACCUGAUGAGCUGACUGUGGACCGCAGCUAUGUGAAGAAAAAGCUUGAGCACGGACUGACGCGGAUCUGGCAGGACGUCCAGUUAAAGGUGAAGGUGUAUAUUCUGGGAACGGACAUGUCAAACUUCAAAUACGACGAUUUCAUAGUGGUACUAGAUGUCAUCAGCAGGUUGAUGCAGGUUGGUGAGGAGUUCUGUGGCAGCAAGUCAGAGGUUCUGCAGGAGUCUAUCAAACGCCAGAGUGUGAACUACUUCAAAAACUAUCACAGAGCACGACUAGAAGAGCUUAGGAUGUUUCUGGAAAACGAGACGUGGGAACUAUGUCCAGUCAAGUCCAACUUUAACAUUGCCCAGCUCCAUGAGUUCAAAUUCAUGGGCCAGUGCCGCUCUCCCUCCGUUUCCCCAAGCAGACAGGCUGCCUCCUCAGCUGGCCCGGCCCUGAAGGAGCUGUCACUUUUCCAGCAGUAUCAUCAGGACGGGAACCCCUUUGAGAUGCACAUUGAGCACAAGGAAGAGGAGACGGAGGACGUUCUCGCGUCUAACGGGUACGAAUCGGACGAGCUGGAGAAGAGCGUCUAUCAGGACUACGACAGUGACAGCGACGUCGCGGAUGAGCUCAAGCAAGACUACGUCGACGAGCAGACGGGCGACGCCCCUCUGAAGAGUGUGUCCCGGGAGACCAUAAGAAGCAAGAAAAAGUCCGAUUACAACCUGAGCAAAGCCUGCGCGCCGAUUCUCACCAACACUACCCUCAACGUCAUCCGGCUUGUUGGAAAGUACAUGCAGAUGAUGAACAUCCUGAAACCGAUUGCCUUUGAUGUCAUCCACUGCGUAUCGCAGCUCUUCGACUACUACCUUUAUGCUGUAUAUACCUUCUUUGGACGCAAUGACAUGCCCGUCCCAAGCCCAUCUCUGCCCACCUAUAGUGGCAGAGAGGCAGUCCCAGCCAGGGUGGUGGGCCCUGCCUGCUUGUAUGAGUCAUCGGGUCUGGGCCUCAUCAGCAGCCGACUGAGAACCACACUGAACCGGAUCCAGGAGAGUCUCAUUGACAUGGAUCCUGUUGGGGAGAAUGCAGGGGUCCAUGGCCCCCCAGAGGACAGGAAGGAGAAGGUCCCCAGUCCUCACCUGAGCCAGAUGGUGAUCCUCACAGACAGUGGGACUCUCUAUGGGCUGGCACAGAGAGUGGUGGCCACCGAGUCUCUUGUGUUUUUGGCCGAGCAGUUUGAGUCCCUGCAGUCUCAUUUGGACACAAUGAUGCCUGCUGCCAAGAAGCCGUUCCUGCAACAGUUUUAUUCCCAGACGGUGUCCACAGCCAGCGAACUGCGUAAACCAAUAUACUGGAUAGUGGCAGCCAAGGCUAUAGACUACGAACAAAUGCUGCUUAUGAUGGCCGGAGUCAAAUGGGACAUCAAAGAGAUAAUGUCGCAGCACAACGUCUACGUGGACGUGCUGCUGAAGGAGUUUGAGCAAUUCAACAAGCGGCUCGGUGAUGUUUCCAGACACGUGCGCAUUCCUCUGCCUGUGUCCAACGUCCUGUGGGAGCACUGCAUCCGCCUGGCUAACAGGACUCUGGUUGAAGGCUACGCUAACGUGAAGAAGUGCAGCAACGAGGGCCGGGCCCUGAUGCAGCUGGACUUUCAGCAGUUCCUGAUGAAGCUGGAGAAACUGACGGACCUGCGGCCCAUCCCCGACAAGGAGUUUGUGGAGACCUACAUCAAGGCGUACUACCUGACUGAGAACGACAUGGAGCAGUUUAUCAAAAAUCACAGGGAGUACUCCAUGAAGCAGCUGGCCAAUCUGGUGAACGUGUGCCUGGGCUCGCACAUCAACAAAAAGGCUCGUCAGAAACUCCUGGCUGCCAUCGACGACAUCGACAGACCAAAGAGAUAGACUCGCGAACGUCUGGUUUCAGCAAACAAGUUUAGAGAUGAACGUGAGCGAAAACCCGCGGCUGAAUGUUUUCUUUUACAGUCUAAAUUAUGAAGGAUUCAGAGAGCUGCGCAAUAUACCCAACCGAAGGCGUCAGUCUGUUUGUCAGCCUGUUGAUGAUGUAUAUCGAUGUUGUCCUUAUGCGGUCACAAACACAAGCUCCUUUUCUGAAUGCGCUCCACGUACAUCGCCUUGUGCGGGUUUUCGACGCGCAGAUGGAUUAUAAGAUAUCUGCUUUCUCCUUUGUAAUCAAGUUGUAGCUUUUCUCAUAUAAACCUCUAAAACGUCACACAUCUGAAUACGACACAACAGCUUCUUUUAGACAGAAGGCGCAUUGAUUCGAUAAUGUCUCACCGUUCCGUCUGAAUGUGUUCACUCGUAGCGGGAGAGUUGAUCAGCGUUGAUGACUCGUUCUCCCAAGCCGUACUGUUUGCUCGCUGUAUAAUAUUUGGCUUCAGGGCGUCCUUCGUCGUGCCUGACUGGAAUCGCUGCUUUGUUUUAUUUUGUUCCGUCCACAACUCAGAUAUAUGUAAUAUAAAGAUGAUGACUCUGAAAAUAAUAUAAAUUACUGUGGUUUGCCCUGACAUUGCUGUGUUAUGUAUUUACACCAGCUGCGUGUUUUUUCUGUCCCUUCUCAGGAAGAGGUGUGUUUUCCAUUUUUGUCAUCUUGCUCUGUGCGACCUUCGCCGAGCGGUGAAAACUCGGUUUAUUUGUGCUGAUUUGCAAGCCGGUAAUUAUCAGUAAUAAUAUUUAGAAGAGCACCGAUUAAAGUUUUCCGGCCGAUUUCCCACCUGCAAUCACAGACUUAUUCAGAUUUAUGCUUUAAAUAAUAUUGUAAAACUAAGACAAAAAGGUUUUAAUAUAUUUAUUUCAGAGAUCGGUGCGGCUAGCUUACUGUAGCUAAACAAAAAUAAAUAAAAAAAUCAGCAUCUGUAUGUAUUUCUAGGGAAUGUUGAUUCUUUUUCUCACCUCUGAGAUUUCCUAAAGACUACCACCAUUUCCGUAUUCGGCAUGUUUCCACGAAGAGGUCAAAAGACACAAAAGGCUAAAACUAAAAAAAAACUGUUGUGACGCGUUUCUUUAGGUCUUGCUCUCUUGCAGCCUUGAUGAACUGCAGAGAUCUCAACAUCUUUUAAUACGAAAUUUACUCACAAAUCAUCUCUCCGCUUCAUCUGGCCUCAUUGUCGACACGUCACUGGUACUGAGAACAGCUUCCUCCGAGUCUUUUUCCUUCAGUAGCAGCAUCCACAACGGAGAGUUUAGUGUUGUUUCGUGCAUUCACUGACUGGGAAAAAUAUGGAAUAACUGCAUUUAAGGCUUAAGAUAAGAAGUUUCUCUGUAAGUUUAAUUUGAAAACAUAUUUCACACAUCUUUGUGGUAUUAGCAGAAACCGACAUUUAAACAAAGCUUUACCUUGAAAAUGCCAAAAUUUGCAUAGAACAUUAAAAACAACAACUCAUUCUGUUACAUAAGGAGCUUAGGCUUCAAAUGAAUGUCCAUAUGAUGUGAAACAAUUCAGAUCUUUUUGUCUGAUCUGACAAUAUUGACUUAGGUAAAUGGUUCAACUUUUUAAAAAAGCAUUUUUGAACCAAGUCUGCAAAACUGGAUCCAAUAGCAAUUAAAAAAAACAUUUGUACCUUAUUUCAAAGUGUUUAUCUCAUUUAGAGGCUUGAAGCUUACAAAAUUCUAGACUAAAAUGUGCAAAUUUGAUUAAAAUCCUGCAAAGCAUUGUUAUUGUCUGUAUGAACACAUUGAAUUGUCAACUACGCAAGUUGGACCUCACGACCGAGUUUCGACGAAAGGGGUUUGCUUUAUGCUGACAAACGAGUCCCACAUUGUUCUAAUUUAAUAAAAACACCUUGGGAUUUAUCCAUAUUUGUCUCUAAAAUAUCAUCCAAAUACAGUUAAAGCAUAAAGGCAAAACUUUCCUGGAUAAAAAGAACGGAGCAGCUGAGAGGCCUCCUUUAUUCACCUAACCGUCUAAAAAUGGUUCCAGUUUUUUUGCUGUAGCCUCAUCGGUUCAUCUUGUGUGCAGCUAUUUCGUGAAAAAACAAACUGUAAAUAUGAACACUUUGGACAAUGGCUGUAUUUAUUUCAUGGCUUUUUUUUUCUGUUGUUGCUGUUGUUUUUAUAUGAACGCUGUUGUGGAUGUUAUCGCCUCGUGUAACUUAUCAUCUGAGUCAAAGACAAACAUUUAACCACCAUCAAGUUAAACUUCAAGUGCACUAUAGUGAAAAUCUGUAUGUAACGAUUGUUGUUACUGUAGGAGGAAGAAAGGACGACAAAUAAAUGAAUACACUAACACUGGAAA